AUGAGUCCCCCCACCGUUGCGGAGCUUGCCAAGCUCAUUGAUCAUUCCGUCAUUGACCCUUUUCACACUGAGAAUGAUCUGAGAGAGGGAGUCGCCCUGGCCAAGAAAUACAAAACGGGCCAGUUUGUCACGCAACCUUUUCGCGUCAAGCAAGCUCGUGAGCUCUUGAAGGGCACCGAUAUCAAGCUCCAGACCUUUGUGGGUCUUCCUCAUGGAAGCGAUCACACCGCUGUCAAAGUCCUCCAGGCUUCCCUAGCUCUUGAGGAUGGGGCACAGGAAAUUGACAUGGUCAUCAACAUCUCCGCAUUACUUUCAGGAGAUGUCAAGUACGUGGAAGAAGAGAUUAAGGCGGUCGUUGAAACAGCAAAACGGUAUGAUGUGGUUGUAAAGGCCAUUAUUGAAGUCUUCGUCUUGAACGAUGAGCAAACCAAAACGGCGGGACUGGCAGCCGAGCGGGCUGGUGUUGGCUUUGUCAAGACUUCGACUGGCACUAAGCCCGACAAAGUGCCGGAUGUGGAGCGUGCAGUGAAAGUCCUGAGAUCUGUGCUCAAGCCCACGACGGUAAUCAAGGCAUCUGGUGGAUGCUACACCACUGAUGCUAUCGUGACCUACUACAGGGCUGGCGCGAGAAGAUUCGGUGCAUUUGAGACAGCGAAGAUACUUGAAGGCUAUGAGGAGUUGCUGCUCCGGGGUGCGACAGGGCUGGAGUAG